AUGUCUCAACAACCACAUCCAUUUUUACGUAUGCAAAUAAUGAAUUUUCAAAUAAAUAAUAAUAAUCAAUGUGUACAUUUGUCGAAUGUUCAAACACAAAUUGAACUCAAAGAAAAAUAUCGAUCAACACCGAACAAUGUUGAAAAGCCAACGAAAGUAAAAUUUCCGACCUACAUUGAAAAAGAGAAAUGUAUUCCAUUUGAUGCUGGUUUAUUACGUAAAAUAAAACGACAAAUUAUAAUUCGAAUUCAUUGGAAUAAUGUUACUUAUACAUUCGAGUCAGAUUUAGAUGCAUUAAAAAAAAUAGCUGAUGGACAUCGACAUCGAUUUUAUUUUAUACCACAAGCUCAAGCGGAAAUGAUUAUAAAAUAUAAAGAUUCCUCUGGACAGACACUUCGUCAAGCGAAUAUUAUUCAAGAUGGAAGUCGUUAUGCUGAACGACGACAACAAAUUUAUAAACAUUUUGGUCAUGAAUUUUUACCAAAAGUAUUUAAAUUACCAACAUUUUGUUCUGUAUGUUCGGAUUUUCUUUGGGGAUUUUCCUAUCAAGGCUUUCAAUGCCAACGAUGUGAUUGCGUUGUACAUAAAGGAUGUUAUAGUAGAUUUGCGUGUCCAUGUAAAGGAAAAAAAUAUCCUGAUCUUAAUAUUAAUGUUCCUCAUCAUUUUGAACAAAAACCAUUUUCUUUAAAACCUGUUUUUUGUGAUCAUUGUGGAAGUUUUGUCCGACCUGGUCAUGCGCAUAAAUGUUCUCAUUGUGCAAUGACUGUACAUCGUCGUUGUAUAGCAAAAGUGGGUAAUUACUGUGGAUGUGAAGGAAAUGUUUUAGCAUUAUAUGAAAAAUGGAAAGAAACACAUGAUGGUGAAUCGGAUAACAAUUAUCAGUAUAAUGGUGAUUUAUAUAAUAUUUAUGCAAGUCUUGAUAAUACUGAUGGACAACAAGAUGCUCAGAAAGAAAUUGAACGUAUAUCAAAAUGUCAUCGACCGAAUGUAACAUCUGGAUUCGAUAUAAAUCAAUUUCGAUUGAUACGUACGUUAGGACAAGGAAUGAAUGGAGCUGUGAGUCUUAUUUAUUGA